AUGGCUGGGGACAAGCAGAUGAUGACUGCUGUCGAUGAUCAGAAAAGGCAGUUCGAGGAGCUCAAGGUCGCAGUUGGCAAGCUGCUUCCCAAUGCGGAGAAAGAUGUGGCAGAUGCCAUGGCAAAAAUGGUGCGCGGUGGGAAGAACCAAGAUGGGAUGGAAGAAUUCUUGAGCAGACUGCAGCCAGAGGAGGGGUCGCAGGGCCCACAGGCUCCCGAAGGCAAAUCAGCAGAAAAGCAGUCUGCUGACAAGGAGCGAAAGGUCAAGAAACUAGCUAAAGGACUGGCAUUGCAUUCAGCCACCGUGGAGCUGAUGCUUGACUGCUUUGACAACUACGUGGUCCUGAAGCGACUGAGCGAAGACAGCGCAGCUUACACCAACAACUCG